GCCGCCGCCGCCUCCGCCGUGAACCGACAGUCGACUUGGGCGCAUCACGUCGUCAUCGUCAUCACCGUUCCGCCACACACGUCGCCGACCGGUGGCAGUGGUCGGACGUGACGGUUUUUGACACGCGCUCGUCCCGGCAUCACGGAGCCGUAGUGGACGAACGCCCGGCCAUGCGGCCACCACCGGACCGGGGACCCGGUCGUCCUCCACCCGGUGCAACGACGCUAUCCACAAUCGUGGCCGUCUUCCUAACGGUCGCACUUCUGAUGGACGGCGCGCUCGCCGAGAAGAACAAAUUUUAUGAAAUGCAAACUAUAUGCAAAACCCAUUUUCUGCAACAAGUAUACAGAAAGAUCGAAGGUGCGGUAUUGAACUCGCAAAACGAACGGAACUUGGACUGUGUGACCACAUUCCAAACACAUUCCAUCCUACAGAGGUUUAUGAUACAUUUUGAUCGUUUGCAAUUGGAUUGCAACGAUCAUCUGUUCAUAUUUGAUGGUGCCCAUGCGGUCGGACAACAUAAGGCCGACAUCACGUGCAGCAGUACGAAACAGUCCAUCGGCGUGAUAUUUACGCGUACGAAUUUUGUCACGCUCAAGUACGUGACAGAUUCGUGGGGCACGCGUGUCAACGGUUUUAGAUUAAUUAUAACUGCCUUCAAAGAUCCUUUCCACAAUUGCAGAGAGUUCAAAUGUCAAACGAUGUCGCAAUGCAUCUCCAACGACCUGGUGUGCGACAACAUCAACCACUGUCCCGACGGUACGGAUGAAGCGACGACGCCAACUUGUCAAGGUACGGCGAACGGUUAA